AUGAGCAGGCAACCACUCCCUGAACCCACCGACGGCGAGAUGUACCUGACUAAAAUUCCCAAAUUCUUGUCUGUCGAACCUCGAAGAUGGCACCACACCACCUACCAGCCACCCACUACCGAUCACCACUCACAUGAAGCUGCUCCUGGCUUCUCUGCCUACAACACCGCUAUCAGCACUGUCCAUUGGAGACGCUCACCCUCUAACCCCAAGAAUAUACAAUCCAAUGCACGUAUCUUGCGCUGGUCCGACGGCAGCUUGACAUUACAACUCGCCUCGAAUCCUACCCAGCAGUACGAGAUUGAGGGCAAUCCUCUUGCUCCUCGUCAGCGCAACCCUGCCAAACCUACCCCCACAAGCCAGAAGCCCGGCAGAAAAGAUCACAGCAAUGAUUCGUACACCUACCUGACUGUCCCGGACCCUUCUAACGGUCUCCUCCGUGUCACUCACAAGAUCACUGCUGGCCUGUCAAUUCUACCAUCAGCUGCCACUACCGAUGAUGCGCUCGAGAAGCUACAGAACUCGCUGGCCGCUAUUUCCCAGGGCAAGAACAAAAGCAGUGCUGGUGGUAUCGAGUUUGUUAAGAUCGACGAGGACCCUGAGCUGGCUAAGAAGAAGGCAGAGGUUGCAGAAAGAGAAAAAGAUCGUGCACGAAAGCGAAGAGAGGCUGCAGAGACCCGGGAGCGCGAGAGAAAUGGUCGCGCACUGGGUCGUGCUGGUCUCGGCUCAAGAGGCUAUGGUGGUGGUCUUACCGCCGGUAUGCUUGAAGAUGAUGAGCUUGGCGGUGGUGGUCGCCAGAGAGCCAGAGCAAAGCCCGCGAGACGCCAACGCCGCAACAGCGAGUACAGCGAAGACGAAGACUUUGGUCGCAAAAAGAGCAACUUUGGCAACGACGAAUAUGAUGAAGAGGAUGACUUCAUUGCUGGUAGUGACGAAGAAGAGGCCGUCGAAGACGACGAGGAUGAAGACGAUGGCAUUGUCGAGGAGAGAAGACCCAAGGAGCGUGCGCCCAAGCGUGCAAGCCCUGAUGAAGACGACGAGGAUGCCGAAGGCGAAGACGACGAUAUUCCUCAGGCUACCAGAACCAAGAGAAGGAGGGUUAUCGACGAGGACGAUGACGACGAGUAA